GAACCUAUGAAGAGCGUGCCGUCGAUUCCACUGGCGAGUCUUUGGUCAAGAGCACUUUACAAAAAUAUCGUGCCUGUGAAAAAUUCAAAUUCAUAUGUGUACGUUGCAAAACUGAAAAUAUUGUGGCGGCAGCAUUUAAACCAUCUGCUGGUAAUACCUAUGAAGCUGUUCUGCAAAAAUGCUCGAAUCCCGAUUGUUCCAUUGGACCGUAUCAAUAUGUCAUAGCCAUACGUAAUCAAUUAAUACUUAGUAUGCGUUCAUUUAUUACACGCUUCUAUCAGAAUUGGUUAGUGUGCGAUGAUCCGGCCUGUAAUCAAAAUACUCGCUGUUAUACACACGUGACCAGUGGUCGUCGUCCCGUUUGCAUGCGCUGUAAAAAUGGUACACUGGUGCGGCAAUAUACCGAAAGAGAUCUCUAUGAUCAGUUAAGUUACUUCCAAUAUAUGUUUGAUUUGUCAAAACAUCAGCAUAAAAAUGUUACCAUAUCACCUGAGGUUUCCGCAGCUUAUCACGUGUUACGUGAAACGGUUGAUCAGCAAUUAGAGAAAUCCGCAUAUUGCACUAUUGCCCUGUCGAAACUAUUUGCCGGUUGGAAACCAUUGCAUCAAGAUGAAAUUAUACCUCAAAAGAAAAUCGAUAUGCCAACGGUACAGGUUGCAGCCACAUUGGAUGAUAUAUAGUUUGUAGGAAAGU